CCCAUCGGGCGACUCCUUAUCCGGCUCCUGAGACCAAGGCGUUGCCUCCUGUGAACCUGACUCCGGCUCCUGAGACCAAGGCGCUGCCUCCUACUACGGCCUCGGCUCCGAGUACUCCGGCUCUUGUGACUCUGACUCCUGCUCUCGUGACUCCGACUCCUGCUCUUGUGAACCCGACUCCUGUUCCUGUAUCCAAGACGAAGGAUCGCAUCGUGAUCACAAAGGUAGAAACUCUACCGCCUGGGAAACGUCUCCUACAGAACAAAUCCAAGACUAAGUGGAGAUUUACCCCGAUUGCCAAGUGGGGUCAUACUAACCCAGCAACACUACAAUCGGUGGAAAUAAGAUCGUCAACUAUACCGAGACCGACUCCAGUCCUACCGAGCCCUACACCAGCUCCUGUUCCUGAGGCUACAUCACGAGAUCCGAACUUGUCUUCCAAGGCGAAGGACGCUAUCCCGAUCUUCAGGAUAGAAACCUUUUUACCGUGGAAGCUCUAUCCAAUCGAUUUUCCACCAAGAGCUCCACGUGUCCGACGCCCUCUUCAUCCCAUUGAUCCAGAGAACUUUGUGGCGACGCAGACCGACCACAUCUUCAAGACGCCUACACGACCACGAUUCCUGCAGACCCGACUGAGUCCUAUUCCGUCCACUCCAAUAGGCAAGCCUAGGACUCCCGGACGGAACCUGGUGGUCCUACUAGAGAAUAUCUUCGAGAAGAAGAAGUCAAUUAUAAAACAACUAUUCAAAGAACCGUAA